AUGAAACAAGAUUUCUCAUACGUUGGAACUCCCUCGGGCAGCGACGAUCCGUCGUGCGUCUGCCACUUCAGAUAUCCUACCCGAUUCCCCAAGCUCGAAGCUGUCGUGUGCGGCCCAGAGACAGGCCAGAUCCGCGAGCUGCACCAGGACGAAACCCAGCUAGACGUGACCUUCGAUGCAGUCGGCAACCGAAUGCUCAUCAACGAGCACUACCCCAAUCCCGUCAACCGCUGCAUGUCGGUCGACGUCAGCCUGAUCCUCAAAGCCAAGUACGUGCAGUUCGUGAACCUUGAGGGUCUCUCCGACCACUCCCUGCUCCUCACCUUGCGGAUCGGACGCACCGCCUCGGCCGUGAGGGGCAACAAGAUGAUCCUGAAGGAGAAAGUGCGCGGCUUCUUCGAGUGUCCGCCCUACAUGCGCCUAUUCGAGGAUGUGUACGAGUGCCGCUGGCCGGAGAAGUUCAUCCAGAUCCGUUUGCCCGAGAAACGAUGCAAGCGCUGGAAGACGGUGGCGCUGAUCCUCAAGGCGUUCAACCAGAUUACCUCGGAGAACUACUGUCAGAUGGCGGGGAUGAUGAUGACACCUCGGGUCGGGGGCUUGGAUGUGCGUGCCAUUCAGAGGGAGAUCAAAGCCAGGAAGGAGAAAGGCAAGGGACUGAAUAAGGUCCGCCGUCAGGAGCCUGUCUCGGCGAGAUACAAAGUUGCACUGAACGACGCGGACAGGAUCGAGCGCGUUAACCAGGCAUAUGCAGUGCAUCUCAUGGCUUUCAUCAAUUCCUCCCCGUUCACUCCGCGCGAGUAUAACGACAGGCUCUCUUGA